AUGCUUGUAAUUGAUAAAGGCCCUUUAAAAGACGAUGAAAAAGAUUUCAUUGUUCAAUGGGUUAAAGAAAACAGAGAAUCGAAUGGUACAAUUAGUUAUGUAACAUUAAGUCACGACUUGAAAGGCGAGUCUGAUAACGGCGAAGGAUCUCAUUUUGAUGAAGAGAAAAACCGAAUUUAUGUCUUCUCCCUUACCUUUGGAAAACCCUUUGAAAAAUCAAGCUCCUUUGGUAAUUCGCCGAUUUCUCCAAGGCCUUCUCCAUUGUAUCCUCCAGUUAUUCAUCUAGUGAAGAUUCUAAAAUUGACUUAUACUUGA